ACAUGGAAUUCUGGAGCGAAAGUUGUGUAAUAUUUAACUGCUCAGUGUGUUUAUGUUGGAUCUCCCCAGUAACACUCACAGCAUGAUCAUUUUACAUAGAGAGUAACAGCUCUCUGCUAUUUGGAACUUUGGACCUACCUAUUUUCUCUUCUCAUCAAAUUAUUAUUACUUUUAAUUUUAGAAAACAAGUACAUAGUGAGCGACUAGCACUGCUGAUCUUUUGGAAUUUGAGAUAAUGCCCAACAAAGCCCAGGAGGAUGCUGUAAUUAACUUGAAGACACUCAAGGAGAUUUCCACUCAGCUUGGUUUUGAGUGGGCCACAGUUGCUUAUGAGCUUGGCUUCAACCGAAGAGAGAUUGGCCGCUUCCACUGUACAUCCACAGAGAAGAUUGUCCAAGCCAGAACCAUGUUGGAGAGCUGGUAUGAGCGGUCGUGGGACAAGCCCAAUAAGACCAAGCUGUUGCAGGAUGGACUGGAGCGAGCAGGCAGGAGGGACCUGGCAGAAAAGCUGCGCUGUCUCCACUGGGGCCACCAGAAGCUGAGCCGCAGGGUGGAGCUGCCAUCCGCCUUUCCUUUCCUCAUCACAGUCCAUAAAACCAUCCACAACCAAGAUGCACUACGCAGAAUCAAUGAGCUCAACAGUAGAUACACUGGGUGAAAAUGCAUCUACUGCCAUAGUUCUAUGAUAUAUGUAUAAUAUAUCAUAGUACAGUGCACACUGAAAGUGAUCUAACUUAAAUUGUCUGAAUAUCACUGAAUUACAUAA